UUCAGGCAGGAGGUGCCGGGUGACUUUGGACGUCCUCACAGCCCGGCGAGGGUGACGGCUUAGUCUAGACCGACGGGUUCGUUUUCGUCCAUUUGGGCUGCAGGCUGCUACCGCAAACAUGCUCCGCCAGAUCGUCGCCCAGGCCAAGAAGCAUCCCAGCUUGAUCCCCCUUUUCGUGUUUAUUGGAGCAGGAGGUACUGGAGCAGCACUGUAUUUGACACGUCUGGCAUUGUUCAAUCCAGAUGUCAGUUGGGACAGGAAGAAUAACCCAGAACCCUGGAACAAACUGGGUCCCAAUGAUCAAUACAAGUUCUUCACUGUGAAUAUGGAUUACAGCAAACUGAAGAAAGAAGGUCCCGACUUUUAAGUGAAAUGUUUCACUAUAAAGCUGCUUAAAAUGAAGGUCUUUCAGAAGCCAUCCGCACAAUUUUCCAUUGAACCAGGAAAUGCUUCUUGUUUAAAUGCAUGAAAUCAUGUUUAUUUGUUGGAGUUUAUUGCACAGAUUAAUAAAUCUCUGAAACUUAA